AGGGAUCGAGCGAGAGCGAGAGAGAGAGGGAGAGAGAGGGAGAGAGAGGAUAGAGGGAAUUUGAGACGCAGCGGGACGCCGAGUCAGAAUAAACGGACACCCCACAAACGCUAAUAAAAAGCAAAAAAUAACAACGUUCACAACCCAAGCUUUUAGCCAUGGAGGACACGGUGAAAAACACUUAAAAUGUGAGGUUUAAAGAGACGUGCUGCAGAAACGAGCGAGAGCGGCUUUCCCUCUCAUCAUCCACGGCUGAUCUCGACUCGGUGCUCCCGUCCCCCUCCGUCUCUCGCACCGGGGGGAAAAUGAAGAAGUUUAAUAUUCGUAAGGUGCUGGACGGCUUGACGGCCGUGUCGUCCCCUUCUCCAUCCCCGCAGCUCGGGGCCAAGGAGAACGAGCUCAUCCCGGAGACGCUCCAGUCUGAACACUUCCAGCUCUGCAAGACUAUGCGCCAUGGCUUCCCUUAUCAGCCCUCCUCUAUGGCAUUCGACCCCGUCCAGAAAAUCCUUGCCAUCGGGACUCAGAGUGGGGCUUUACGAUUAUUCGGCCGACCCGGUGUGGAGUGUUACUGUCAGCACGAGAGCGGAGCAGCCGUCAUCCAGCUACAGUUUCUCAUAAAUGAAGGGGCGCUGGUUAGUGCUUUGGCUGAUGAUAGUAUUCACCUGUGGAACCUGCGACAGAAGAGACCAGCUGUGCUGCACUCACUCAAGUUCAACAAGGAGAGGAUAACGUUCUGUCAUCUGCCCUUCCAAAGUAAAUGGCUGUACAUCGGCUCGGAACGAGGAAACAUCCACAUUGUGAAUGUGGAGUCCUUUACCCUCUCAGGAUAUACCAUCAUGUGGAACAAAGCCAUUGAACUGUCCUCCAAGGCCCAUCCCGGCCCAGUCGUUCACAUUAGUGACAAUCCUAUGGAUGAGGGCAAGCUCAUAAUAGGAUUUGAGUCUGGGAUCGUAGUGCUGUGGGAUUUGAAAUCAAAGAGAGCUGACUACCGGUACACUUAUGAUGAGGCGAUCCAUUCUGUGGCCUGGCACCACGAGGGGAAGCAGUUUAUCUGUAGUCACUCAGACGGCACCCUGACCAUAUGGAAUAUAAAGUCCCAAGCCAAGCCCGCACAGACAAUCACUCCACACGGAAAGCAGCCUAAAGAUGGAAAAAAGCCAGAGCCUUGCAAACCCAUUCUUAAAGUAGAGUACAAGACCACACGAGCAGGGGAUCCGUUUAUGAUCUUCUCUGGUGGUUUGUCGUAUGACACUGUUGGUCGACGACCAUGCUUGACAGUAAUGCAUGGAAAGAGCACGGCAGUAUUGGAGAUGGAUUAUCCCAUUGUAGAUUUCCUCACCCUGUGUGAAACGCCAUAUCCUAAUGAUUUUCAGGAACCAUAUGCUGUAGUGGUCCUCCUCGAAAAGGAUUUAGUUGUUAUUGACCUUGCACAAAACGGUUACCCUAUCUUUGAAAAUCCUUAUCCCAUGAUGAUUCAUGAGUCUCCUGUGACGUGUUGUGAGUACUUAGCCGAUUGUCCUGUGGACCUCAUACCUGCACUUUACUCUGUCGGGUCUCGCCAGAAACGACAGGGCUACAGCAAAAAGGAAUGGCCUAUCAGUGGCGGAAACUGGGGCUUGGGCACACAAAGCUACCCUGAAAUAAUAAUAACUGGGCAUGCAGAUGGUUCAGUGAAGUUCUGGGAUGCUUCAGCAAUAAUGCUCCACGUGCUGUACAAGCUGAAGACAGCUAAGGUGUUUGAGAAGGCACGCUGUAAGGAGGAGAAACCCAGCACAGAGAUUGUGGAUGAGGACCCAUUCGCCAUUCAGUUGAUGUCUUGGUGUCCCGAGAGCCGCAUGCUUUGUGUGGCUGGUGUCUCUGCCCAUGUCAUCAUAUACAGGUUCAGCAAACAAGAAAUCACCACAGAGGUUGUGCAGUUAUUGGAGGUCAGGUUACAGUAUGAGCUGAAUGAUCUGGAGUCUCCAGAAGGAGGAGGAGAUCAGACACCAGCUCCUCCCACACCAAGCACCUCCCCCAGUCCACAAACCGCCACCCCUCAGACACACACUUCCACUAGAAGCAACUCAUCAGAUGGGAUCCGAGACAACAUACCCUGCCUCAAGGUGCGCAGCAGUCCUCUGAAGCAGUCUCCAGGGUAUCAGGUGGAGCUGGUGGUACAGCUGGUGUGGGUCAGUGGAGAGCCGCCCCAGCAGAUCAGCAGCUUGACCAUCAACUCCAGCUAUGGCUUGGUGGUGUUUGGCAAUAGCAAUGGUCUGGCAGUAGUGGAUUACUUACAGAAGACUGUUCUGUUGAAUCUGGGAACUGUGGAAUUGUACAGCUCUAAUGAUCCGUAUCAGAGACAACUGCGAUCUCCCCGCAAGAGCCGACAGCCUUCUGGAGGGCUUUGUGACAUUAACGAGGGCUCAGCCACCUCAGAGGAUCGCUGCAAAUCCCCCACCUCAGUCCUACUCUCUUUAUGUCCCCCGCGGGGUUCCAUACCCCUAGACAACAGGGACAACUCCUUCAGCCGCUCACGGAGCUCCAGUGUGACCAGUAUUGACAAGGAAGCACGAGAGGCCGUCACAUCUUUCUAUUUCUGUGAGACGUACAACCGUAAAGCAGAUGGCGGACUUACACCUAGUCUGUGGGUUGGCACGUCCUUGGGCACAGUCUUGGCAAUCUCCCUCAACAUGCCCCCUGCUGGAGAGCAGAGGCUUCUGCAACCAGUCAUUGUCUCCCCUUGUGGUACUCUUGUCAGGUUGAAGGGCAGCAUUCUCCGGAUGGCUUUCCUAGAUUCUACAGGGUCUCUCCUCCCUUCUGCUUUUGAGCCAUGGUACGAACCCAAUGCCCCGGCCAACGGAGAGGAGCGGGACAAGGUCCGUAAGGGACAGCCGGUAUCUGUCUCCCCAUCCACAUCCCAGGAACUGAAUGAAAACCAAUAUGCUGUGCUGUGCUCUGAGAAACAGGCCAAAGUCAUAGCCCUGCCCUCUCAGACCUGUGUAUUUAAACACAACAUCACCGAAACAUCUUUUGUGCUGCGGGCAGAUGUGGUUCAGAUGAACACUGGCAUUUGUGUGGCCUGCUUCUGUGCCAAUGGACACAUCAUGACCCUCAGUCUGCCAGGGUUGAGACCACUGCUGGAUGUAAAUUACCUACCCCUGACAGAUAUGCGGAUAGCGAGAACGUUCUGCUUCACCAACCUCGGCCAGGCCUUGUAUCUGACUUCCCCUACUGAGAUCCAGAGGAUCACCUACAGCCAGGAGGUCUGCGAGAACUUACAGGAGAUGCUAGGUGAGCUGUUUACUCCGGUGGAGACGCCUGAAGCUCCUAACAGGGGAUUCUUUAAGGGUCUGUUCGGAGGAGGAGCACAGUCUCUAGACAGAGAAGAGCUCUUCGGCGAGUCAGGAGCCGGAAAAGCACCACGCAGUCUCGCUCAGCACAUUCCAGGUCCUGGGGGUAUAGAAGGCAUGAAGGGGGCAGCGUCAGGCAUCGUGGGUGAUCUUGCUCGAGCUCGGAUAGCGUUGGAUGAGAGAGGGCAAAAACUGAGCGAGGUGGAAGAGCGGACAGCAGCCAUGAUGGCCAGCGCUGACACAUUCUCCAAACACGCUCAUGAGAUGAUGCUAAAGUGUAAGGAUAAAAAAUGGUACCAGUUCUGAUCUCCGCAAAACAGCAGAGCCCAAAGGGACUCAGGAGUUCUCCUACACAGCCUUGUUCAUCCAUAAUCCUUCUCCCACUCCCAUCUUUAUCUCUCCUCUGCUGGACCAGUGGGAUCCCUCGCUCUUUCCUAGCACAAUAUUAAAUACAGUCUGCUUACAGAACUGCGGCACAGACUGAGAGCGGCCCCAAUCUGAGGAAUACCAUACCACGAUGGCGUCCACUCUUCCGUUUUUGUUUGUUUGUUUAAUAUCGCCAAUCCCCUCUCAUGGCGGCUGGGCUUUGCAAGCCCUGGAAUUCCAUUUCUUCUCUCAGUCUUUGAAUUGUUUUUGUGCUGUUGUUUUUUUUGCAU